AUGUCGUCAGGCCCGCACCACUCGGUCCCUCUCACCCAGGCGCAGAUUGCGCAACAGCAGCAGGCCCAGGCGCAUGCCAGCGACCUUGCGAAGCGGAGGAGUCGCAAGCCCACGGACAAGUCUAUGCCCGAUGGCGUCGAGGAUUGCAGCAUCGGUGAUGGCGCACAGCGUUACAAGGAGCUUCGGGACUUUGAAAGGCGGCUCGAUGCUACCAUGACCCGGAAGCGUCUUGACAUCGUCGAUUCAGUCGGCCGCAAUGCGAAGCGCUACAAAACUCUGCGGAUAUGGAUCAGCAACACGGUCGAGGACCAGGCUUGGCAAACCAACCCACUCGACCCCGAUAACUUCAAUUUCACGUCCAAUCUCGAGUCAUCGUAUCGUGUCAAGAUUGAGGGUCGGCUAUUGGACGACGAGGACGACGUCGAUAAGGUCGAUGACGAGGCAAAGUCCGCCGCCGACGCCGACGAUGCUGACAAGAUGGAUACCGACGCGCCCGCCAGGCCCAAGGCCACGCCGGCCUCUGCGAAGCCGGCGCAACGCUAUCGGUUGUCGCAUUUCUUCAAAGCCCUCACCGUUGACUUUGACCGGAGCCGCGGACGGACCGGUGCCGAUGUCAGCGUGGAGUGGAAGAAGCCGGACAGGACCCCGGCUUCUUCCACCCUCCCGGCCGCAGCCGACUUCGAUGAGCUGACGUUCAAGAGGAAUGGAGACGAGAACAUGAACGUGACGGUCAAUCUCUACAGAGAUGAGAUACCGCCGAACGACAGAUUUGAAAUCAGCCCAGACCUGGCUGAGAUCGUGGAUAUGCAUGAGGGAUCGAGGCCCGAAAUCCUCAUGGGGCUGUGGGAAUACAUCAAACUCAUGAACCUGCAAGAGGAUGUGGAGAAGCGGAACUUCCGCUGCGAUGAGCUGUUGAGGAAGGUUGUUGGCGCGGAAACUGGCCAUCUCCCCUUCCUUCAAGACUACAUCCAAGGUCACUUGAGGCCUCUCCCGCCGGUCAAGAUGCCCUACACCAUCCGGGUGGACGAGGAGUUCCACAGAGACCCCCAGCCGACCGUGUACGACGUCCGCGUCAUGGUGGACGAUCCUCUCCGGGCGAAGCUCUUCCCGUUCAUCCACAACCCGCAGUACGCGGCCAUGCUCAAGGAGGUGGCGGGGCUCGACGACCAGCUCGCGGUCCUCGUGCAGGCCAUCGCGGCGUCCAAGGCCAAGCAGACCUUCCUGACAUCGAUGGCGGCUGACCCGGCCAACUUUGUGCGCCAGUGGCUCAGCUCGCAGACGCGGGACCUCGAGGUCAUCAUGGGCGAGGCGACGCGGGGCGGCGGCGAGGACGCGACGGGCGACGAGUGGAGGAGCGGUGGCAAGGACAGCGUCUGGGCCACGCAGAAUGCUAGGGAGAGCGUCAAUUCCAUUCUGGCUAGGAUCCCUGCUCAUCGCUGA